CGCACAUUUUGAACAUUUUAAUACAAAAGUAAUACAUGCUCAUUAUAAAAAAAAAAAAAGACAGCAUAAAAGUGUAUAAACAGUGCCUAUCUUUUUCUCCACCUACUUCCUCAAUCUCACUGCCCGGAGAUAUUGCUAUUAAAAGUAGAUGUUUUCAAGACAUCUCCCCCGUCAGUGGAUAUGUAGGUGGUGUUCAAUUUUUUUCAUACCACAGGGGACGCGCUGCAGCAAACAUCCCCCAGAAUAUAUAUAUUCUUUCCCCACUUUUGUAAACAUUCUGUAGAAGUAAAAAAUUGCUGGGUCCAUGUGUAUUUGCCAUUAAAAAAAAAAAAUAGACUGAGGGCAUCUUUUCUGCCUCUCAAGUAUUUUGUUUCUCCUGCGAGAUUGUAAAUGCCUGAUGAUAUUUGGAGAAACUGGCAUCUCUAGCUUUGAACUUUUCCCGUAAAUGUUGCAUUAGACCUAAGGGUGUUUCUGCCUUAGAUGGUGGAUUUGGGGUUUGUUUGGUUUUUUUUCCACUGGGGGUGGGGGGUGGGGGGAAGACCUAGUUGACAGCAUUGUCCUGAACAUCGUGGAAGCUGGGUUCUCAUCCCGGACUAGCAAGAAACUGGCCGUGGGACACAGUGUUCCAGCCAGAUUGUCUUCCCCGCGACGGGGGCUGGUGAUCCCAGCCAUGCUCAGGCAGCAUGUUUGGGGGUCUCCUGAGGUCCCGGAUGCGAGCCCUCUAGUUGCUGGUAUUGUUCUCACUGCACCCCGCCUUCUUUCUUCCUUCCUGCCCUCCAGCGAUGGCCCAGCCUCCGGCAGUUUCAGAGGACGGUCAAGUACAUCACAGGGCGGAGCGCCUUCUUCUCAUAUACGGAUAUGGCUGCUACUGUGGCCUUGGGGGCAAAGGGAACCCCGUGGAUGACACUGACAGAUGCUGCCUGGCACAUGACUGCUGCUAUGAGAAGCUGAAGCAAUUCGGCUGCCAGCCUGUGCUGAACAGCUACCAGUUCCACAUCGCCAAUGGGUCCGUGGCCUGUACAUGUGCCCUCGGUCCCGGUGUCAGCUGUCUCUGUGGGCUGCGGGCAUGCGAGUGCGACAAGCAGUCUGCGUACUGCUUCAGAGAGAGCCUGCCCACCUACGAGAAAACCUUCAAGCAGUUCUCCACCCGGCCCCACUGUGGGAGGCGUAAACUCCAGUGCUAGGCAGCCACAGGCCCCUGGCCGGUCAGCAGGUGUUCCGGAGUCACCCUCCCGGGAAGCCUUCUCAUGCCGUCCCCAACAGGCUCCAAUGGUGGCUGCAGCCACCAUUCAGCACAGGGCCUAGGGUACUCCUUCGUCACUCGACACCAGAGGGCUGCAGACCAGCAAUGGAAAAGAUAAGACCCUGGCACGCGAGGGAGGGAGAGUGCCUGUUCACAUGUACACAAAUAAGUGACGCUUUCUGAUAGUAGUAAGUGCUAAGAAGCAGUACAGCAAGGGGACAGGGUAGAGAGAUGUUCCCAACCCCCAUCUGGGAAUUCCCAGGAGGGCAGAGGACCCAGGAUCUGCCCUAAACUCCCCCUCCGCCCCCACCCCAAAGUCAGGAUGCACGGCGGACUUGGGAAUAGGGCACACGACCCAGAUCCAGCCGGGGACAGAGCAGGGACCCUGCAAAACAGGGAUCCAGCCAAGGAUCCGAGAAGCAUGCUUUGGACUCUUUUCUCAUUUGCUUGCGUUCUGCUCUCUGAAAUCCCUCCGGUGGCAAAAAUUAAGGCCACUUUCACCUCUUAAGAGAGCGUGAGAACAGCCACAUCCACUCCACGUGGAUGUCGGGGCCAGGAAGACGUCAAAAAGUUGGGGAAAGAUGGCCUCGGAAGAGUGCGUCAGAGGGACCCGACAUUUCCAUCCGAGUUCAGGAGGCCCUGGAGAUAUCAGACUCCGAUGCUAACGAACACCAAAGUCGCCUGACGUGGGCGGAUUCUGUUCUUUGUCACGCCCACGUGGCGUGGUAGGUUGCAAAAUCGGCCACACAGCUGUCCUCUCUGGAGGCUAUGCCUCUCUGUAUCCUCGCCUCUCGUAAAGGAACGCUCGGCGUUUCCCAUCAGGAAGUAGAGUCUGCUCCUCCCGGUGGUUGAAUCUAAACUCUGCGCUGACCUCGUGAAUUACUUUGGUCGACGGAACGUAGUGGAACGUACGAAUGGUCGGUCUGCCGGUUCCCGAGCCCAGGCCUCAGCAGGUCGGGUCUCAGGACACGUGGCGCUGCUGAGAACAAGCCUGGGCUGGCCCGCUGGCAGACGGCGGCCAGAGUGUCAGUCCGGCUGUCUCAGCUCAGACCUCAGACAUGUAAAAGCACCCAGCCAAGGUCAGGCACGCCCACUCAUUGCCGACCAUGACCCACGAGAGAAGCUAGCUGGAACCAAGGCAACCGCCCAGCUGACCCCAGGCUAAGUGGCCGAUUGCAGAAGUGUGAGCUGCAUAGAGGCUGCCGUUUCAAGUCACUAA